GAUAUAAACUGAAGCUUUUGAAAAUGCAUAUUAACACAUGGAAUUUUGAACUCUGAAAAGAAUCUGUUUUUUGGUUUUUGUCCUCCAGUGAAUUACGACAUGUCUACAGCGAAAGAGAUGCUGCUGCUGGCAAACUCCACAGAGGAGCAGAAGAAGUGGGUCAGUCGGCUGCUCAAGAGGGUUCCGCGUAAACCCUCUAUCGCCCACUCGUCCAGCAUAGCCAUAUCCGAUGUGCCCUCAGAGGCAACACCCACUGCCCUUUCCCCUCAGCGUCGCCUCGCUCAGUCUUCACCCAGACUUUCACACGAAGCAGCCAUCAAAGUGCACUCUACACGACAGCAGCCCUCCAGCAAGAACAGCUAACCUUGGUGAAGGCCGGAUAGGUGAUCAUCCAUCUGGGGUCUAUGAAAGCGGAAAAUGUCAUAGUGUUCGUUUGGGCAAAUGGCAGGACAUCCAAGUGCCAAACACCACAAUAUAAAUGACUGGGGAAGGGGACGGUACAGUAUAUGAUAUUUAAAUACAGCACAAGCCAUAAAUCACCUAAAGUAUCUAGUUUUAAUUUUAAGAGUAGAGUGUUUGUGUCUUCCUAUACUAUACAGUUUGUCAAAAAGUGUCUUCUAAGCCAGAGGUUAGAGGUCAGAGGUUAUUUUCGGACUCCUUAUAGGGUUGUUAGUAAGUGUGACUGGAUGUUUAAGUGUGUUUCCAAGAGCAAAUGAAUGAUAAUUACGUGAUCAUCAGAAUUUAUAUACUCAAGUAUUAUAUCUAUUUUUGUUCAGAAAAACAAAUAUUUAGUGGCACAGAUUAUAUUUUUGUCAUCUGUUAUUUUGAAGAACACCUUCAAUAAGCAUUACGUCUGCUCUAUGCAUUAUUGAAGACUGAUAUCAUGAUGCAAAUAUGCACAUUUUAUUUAAUGCUGUGACAAAUUUGUAUGCAUAGUGCAGACUGAUGGAACAUGGUGUUGGAGGAAAAAUGGGUGGGAGAAAAACUGAAUGAUAGGAUAUUAUGUAUAAUUGCUGACUGAUGGAUGCGCUCCGUAUGAAAAACUGAUCCCAGCUCAGCUUCUGUAUACGCCAUUUAAAGAGGAGCUAAACUGCCGGACGUUUUGGGAUUUUGGUGUGUGUUUAAACAGACAAACACACUUAAUAUGUAAACAUGUUUAUUCUGCGUGUUUUAUUGUCAACACGACUAAUUUUCUCUUAAAUGAGCACAAACAGUUACUAAAGUAAUGGAAUGCUUUCAUUAUAGAUUUGUGCAUUCUUACAGU